AUGAAAUCCUUCUUUGCUUUGCUCUCUCUUUUCUUACUUCUCUUGAUUUUGAGCAGCACUUAUGCAAGAAAAGAUGUGGGUGAGUAUUGGAGAGGAGACAUCAAGGCUCAAUCCCUACCAGAGCCAAUACAAGAGCUUCUUCAUGCUUCUCCAACCUCAUCUGCCUCCAAUAGAAAAACCAGUUGCGGCAUGAGUAAGAAUUUUGAGCCGAGACCUGAUGUUUCAAUUUAUCAUGAUCACAUCGGUCUUCAAAAAAAGAAUCCGAUGCAUGAGACAUACUCUCUCCAAAAGUUUAAGUCAAGACCUGAUGUCACCAUUUAUCACAAUGAUAUUGUUCUUGAAGCUGAGAAACAAUGGAAUGAGAAAUCAUUUCUCAAAAAACUUGAGCCGAGAUAUGACGUAUCAAUAUAUCACAAUGAUGAUGACAAUGAUGUUCCAGAUGGUUUCAAAGGAAAGAAGACAUUACAUGAAAAAUCAUUUGUUAACAAGUUUGAACCUGAUGUCUCAAUAUACCAUAACGAUAUUAUUCUUGAAGUCCAGAAAGAGCUUGAGCCCAGACCUGACGUAACAAUUUAUCACAAUGAUCUCCCAAAUGAUUUCAAAGGAAAGAAACCAUUGAGUGAGAAAUCAUUUGUUACCAAGUUUGAACCAAGACCUGAUGUUUCUAUCUACCAUAAUGAUGCAGGUUUUAAAGCAGAGAAGCCAUCAGAGGAGAAAUCAUUUCUCAGUAACUUUGAAGGGAAAGAAGACGUUACAAUUUACCAUGAGAAAUUAUAAGACAAUGAAAUUAUUGUCAGUGCAUGCAUGCAGUGUAGAAAACUUUGAAUAAGCUGUCCUAUAAGCUCCUGCUGUG